CUACAAAACACUUUUAAUUGUUUCCUCCUUUCCAAUAUAUGGAAACAGAAGUCUCCAACCUUCUUUUUCUCCCAUGGGAUGGGAAAAAUGAAUCCCAUCCCCAUUCUCGUGCUGACAAAAAACUAAGAUUAUUUGGGUUCGAUCUGAACCCAAACAAAAAUGUUGAAUCAUCUUUGGACGGGGAGGAAAGUGUGAGUUCAUCGGUAACCGCAGUUUCCUCAGGAAAUGAGAAAAUUCCAGAGGGGAAAACAUCCGAGAGGAAAGCAGAGGAAAAGAAAUUCGAGUGCGAGUACUGUGCCAAGGAGUUUGCGAAUUCGCAGGCAUUGGGUGGCCACCAAAAUGCUCAUAAGAAGGAAAGGUUGAAGAAAAAGAGGCUGCAGCUAAUUCAAGCAAGAAAAAUCCAUCUCAACUGUUACCUUCAGUCUUUUCAAAACAGCUAUAGUUUCUGUUUCCAGAAUUCGACUCCGUGGUUUUAUGAUCAAUCCUUUUACUCACCUGAUUUUAAUCGAUUCGUGGAGCCACAGGUUCGUUUUAGUCGAUGCGAUCACGGUGGAGAUUCCGGUGGCUGUGGGUCCUGUAGUUUCACCCUUACACACGUUGAUGAUCGAUCGAAGCAAAAAUCCAAAAAGUUGGAUCUUCAAUUGGGUUUGAGCUUGAAUUCCAGUAAUCAAAGCUGGCCUGGAAGUGGGAUAUGAUGUUUGUACAACAAAAGUCUAAUAUUGCGACGGAAAUUGGUCACACAAAACCUUGCGACGAAAUUUUUCAGUGGCUAUUACUUUAGCGACAAAAUGGAUGGUUUUGGAGACCAAAAUUUUUCGUUGUUCAAGACCGAAUUUGUUGUCGUAAUUUCUGGUUAGAAACAA